UUCGGCUAAGAUUCGUUUGACGGUGCGGGUUAACAUCCGCCAGCAUAGUACCUUCUACCAAUAGUACCCAAAGUAGGUACCAGUUUUUCGAGUCCCGGCCAGUGCGAAGGCCGCGGUUCUCUAGUAUGCACCUUGUAUAAGCCACUUCUUGUGUGAAAAUUGUGAAAUGCCAGUAUUCGGUACCGUUAUGAAGUCGAUGCAAAUGUUCCGGUAGUACCUGAGUGUGCGAUUGUUUCGUAAACGGUUGUUUAUUAGGUGAAGUUCUUUGUUUCUUCAUGGAUUAAUGAGAGGAUUGACUUGAGAGGUUGAGAAACAACCGAUAGGUGGCUUAUAAAACUUAAAAAUGGCUGCUUUACAAUGGAUUCUGGUGGCACUAUUAAUCACAACAGAAUGUUACGCCAACUUGCCACCAAGUUUUACAAAAGACAUGAACAACAUAGUGAUAUCAGAAAGUACUCCUGUAGGUGAAGAAAUCUACAAAUUGGAAGGUACCGAUCCAGAAAAUAGUCAGCUUCGCUAUGAUUUAACUGGUACAGAUGUGCUUAGUGUUGAUCAUAAUACUGGAGCCGUUACUAUUGUUAAAGCUUUGAAUUAUGAGGCAAAUUCUACCCUAAAACUCGUUGUAAGCGUAGAAGACGAAGUCAAAGGUGGUGUUAAAAACAAUAUUGUAGAACAAGCAGUGAAUGUCAUUAUUUUAGAUGAAAACGAUAAUCCUCCAGAGUUUGAAAAUGCACCCUAUGAGGUCACUGUAGAUGAAAAUGCUUCUAUAGGUACCUCAAUUUUAACUAAUAUAUCUGUGAUAGACCAUGAUACAGUAGGUCAAAAUAUAGAAGUCACUUGCCUGAACUCUUUGGAGUCUAUUGAUGCUUGUGACGUUUUCGCUGUCGAAGAAAUCAGUUCGAGUGUGGACUCGUAUAAGGGAGCUUUAGUACUAAUCAAACCAUUGAACUACAGCAUCCAAAACAAGUAUUCUUUUAUACUUAAAGCAUCUGAUGGUUCUUUGACAAGCACUUCAGACGUUAUAAUCACUGUAAGAGAUAUUCAAGAUACCCCGCCAAGAUUUUUAAAUAAUCUCACUGCAGAGCUUCCUGAAGAUGCUUCAAUUAACACUCUGGUGUUCACUGCGAAGGCUGAAGAUGGCGAUAGAGGCAAUCCCAGAACUAUUGUUUAUGAAUUGGUUAAUAAUCCAAUGGAUUAUUUCCUUAUCGACCCAAUGUCGGGAGCCUUAUACACUGCCAGACCAUUGGACAAAGAAUCCAUCAAAGAUCCAGAAGGUAUCCUAAAAUUUGAAGUCAGGGCACACGAACUAGUGAAUGGUAUGAAAAGUGACGAUCCUUCCACUUUUAGCAGUGCCCAAGCUAUCGUCAAAAUAUUAGAUGUAAAUGAUGAACCGCCAAGAUUCAAUAAAAGAGAAUACUUUUUGGAAAUCCCUGAGAAUAUUCCUGAAGGUUCAGCCUUGCCAGGUUUGGACAUGUCAGUUUUUGAUCCAGACGAAGGCAACAACUCAGCUUUCGCUUUGGAGUUGAACGAUAUUUCCGGAGCAUUUUCAAUUGAACCUAAAACAGCCAUUGGCUCAACCCCUGUUACCAUUAGAGUGUCACAUAACAAUUUGGAUUAUGAGGAUCCUAAUCAAAGAAAAUUUAUUAUUUUAGCUGUUGCCACGGAAAUUUACACCGAAAAGAAACUAUCAUCAACUUCAACUAUCACUGUUUCAGUUGUGGAUGUUAAUGAUAAUGCCCCAACCUUCGAUCAAGACAGUUACUCAGCUACAGUAUCAGAAAUAGCUUCGCCAGCUACCCCAGUCAUCACAAUAGUAGCCAAAGACAGAGAUACUGGCAAGUUUGGUGAAAACGGCCUAAUUUAUAAGCUAUCAGGCAACGGUGCAGAGCUAUUUACAGUUAAUAAUAGAACUGGAACAGUUACAGUAGCUCCUUGUGAAAACUUAGGAGUAGCCCCAUGUUUGGAUUUCGAAACCAAACCUGAAUAUCAUUUACAAUUUAUUGCCACAGACGAUGAUGGAAAAGGUCAAACUAGUACGGUGCCAUUAAAAAUUAGCUUAUCUGAUAGCAACGAUAAUGCUCCAGCUUUUGGACAAUCAACUUACAGAAUUUUCGUCAAUGAAGGUGCCACAAGAUUUGAACCUCAACAGAUUAUUGAGGCGAUGGAUGCAGAUAAAACUUCACAUGUAUCUUAUGCUAUUGUAGCUGGCAAUGAAAAUGAACUGUUUAAAAUUGAUUCUGAAACUGGGAAAUUAAAGAUUACUGGUAACAGAGGCCUGGAUAUUAGCAAUGAUACUGAUAAUGUUAUCACAUUGACUGUUUUGGCUACUGAUGGUAAAUUUACAGCUACAACUCUAGUUAACAUAACAGUUUUAGACGUCAAUAACAAUUCGCCAAUAUUCCUUAAGGAAAGCUACUUGGAAGCUGUAGCAGAAGAUGUUCCAAUAGGUACCAACGUUGCAGAAGUUAAAGCUACAGACGCGGAUAAUGGAGAAAAUGCUCGAGUCUCAUAUUCAUUAUCCAAAGGUUCCAAUGGCGAUUUUGAAAUUGAUAGUGAUACAGGUUUAGUGACUGUUGCAACAAAGCUAGAUUUUGAUAAAAGAAAUACCUACAAUAUAGAAGUUAUGGCUGUGGAUCAUGGGGAACCUGCUUUAACUGGAACCACAACUUUAACUGUAAAGAUUAUUAAUACAAAUGAUAAGUUACCAUAUUUCGUGCCUACAACUCAAACAGCAGAGGUCAUGGAAGAUGCUUCUAUCGGCACCAUCGUUCACACUCUAAUAGCACUGGAUCCAGACGUAAAUUCUUCAGACGCUUUAAACUUUGCAGCUACAGAACCAAUAACAGCUUUGGAUAAGCAUGGCAAUGAGGUUGUGAGCUCGGACAUGUACAAGCAAUUUUUUUCUGUGGAUAAAAAUACUGGACAAGUUAUAGUGGCCAAUUCAUUGCAACGUGAUUUGGCUGCUGUGAUUCGUAUACCAAUUUUGGUUACUGAUAUUACUGCUCCGUCUGUACAGCAAGGACAAGGACUUUUAGUGGUCACUAUUCAAGACAUUAAUGAUUCUCCACCCAAUUUUGUACCGCCCUGGACCGUGGAUCGUCCAUUAUAUUCUUUAGAAAUCAAAGAAGAACUACCAGUUGGUACAAUAGUGGCCACUUAUAAGGCUUUCGACGAAGACUCUGAUAUAGAAAGUUACGCCAUAUCGCCAGAAAGUGAAUAUUUCCAAAUUAAUCGUGGAACUGGGAUUGUGCAGAUAAAAAAGACUAUUGAUUAUGAACAGACUAAAGAAUUGAAUUUUACUGUUUGGGCGUAUGAUAGUGGUUUGCCUCAACUCAACGUUUCUGCUCUAGUUCACGUUAAAGUGAAAAAUGUGAAUGACCACGAUCCAAUUUUUACUCAAAAAUCUUAUAAUGUAUCCAUUGAUGAAAAUUCACCUAACGGUACUAUUAUCUUACAAGUGAAGGCUGUAGAUAAAGAUGCUGGUGCUUAUGGAGAAGUCAGUUACGAAUUAACUGGAGAGCAUAAUGAAAAUUUCCUCAUAAAUCCUAGCACUGGUGAAAUAAGUAUUGAAAAUUCGAAUUUUUUGGACCAUGAGAAGAUUACUGAGUUUGUUUUGCAAGUGAUUGCCCGUGAUAAUGCUGCUGCUAAUGUGAGAAGAUCAAUGUCAGUACCAAUUUAUAUAAAAAUCAAUGACCUCAAUGACAACGCACCAAAAUUUACUGAUCAAUAUUAUGAAGCUAAUGUAAUGGAAGAUGUUAGGUUGAACCCUCCUGUACCGCUUAUUCAAUUAAAUGCCACCGAUUUAGACUCUGGCUUGAAUGGCAAUAUCCAUUAUAGAAUAUUAUCUGGAAAUGACAAUGAUUUAUUCCUUAUCGGUAUGGAUACAGGUAUUAUUUAUGCUCACAAAUCGCUGCUAGGUCAAACCAGAACAUUCCAUCUGAAAAUAGAAGCCAGAGAUGGUGCUGGUGAUGGUGAUCUUUACGAUAGAGCCGAUUUAAAAAUUCACGUGAUUAAUGUAAACGAUCAUAAACCUGUUUUUGUGAUGCCUUAUUUGCCUAAUUCGACUGUAGAUGUUUUAGAGAAUGCUGCAGCUAAAGGUCUCAUAGCUUUAAUAGUGAAGGCUACAGAUAAAGAUCAAGGCGAAAAUGGACGUGUUACAUACCAUUUGAAGGUGCGAGAUGAAAUUGUACAGGAGACUGACGAUUUUACUAUUGAUGAAAAGAAUGGCGAGCUAAAGCUCAAGAGGGACUUGGAUAGAGAGGAACAAUCAAAAUAUGAGUUGACUCUAGUUGCUCGUGAUCACGGAUCACCAAAAUGGUAUCAAGAAGAACGUCAUCUAACAGUUCUUCUGGUAGACGAAAACGAUAAUCGCCCAGAAUUUCCUGGUUCGGUUGCUGCCAAUCCGUAUCACUUUUACAUAAGUGAAAAUAACGAUCCUGACACGUUAAUUGGUCAUGUCCAAGCUUUAGACAUAGAUGAAGGCAAACACGCUGCAGUUUACUACUAUAUUUUAAUUGGAAAUGAAAAUAAUGCGUUUAAGCUUAAUAGAGCUACUGGAAAUUUAUACUCAAUGAAAUCGUUUGACAGAGAAACUCAAGAUGAAUAUAAUUUGGUUAUAAUUGCCAAUAACGAUCCAGAUUUUUAUGUUACUGAGGAGGAAAUAAUGGAAAUGGAGAAAUUGGGAAUGUUGGAAGAUAAAAGCAUAGCGCAUGUGGUUGUGACAAUUAAAGACGUCAAUGAUAAUGAGCCUUAUUUCCAACGACCAGUUUAUUAUGCUGCCAUUAACGCCAUGGCAAAUGUUAACCAGUUUGUGGUUAAUGUUAGCGCUUUUGAUCCAGAUUAUGGAAUUAAUGGGUCAUUAACAUACUACAUCAAAGCUUCCAACUUGUACAAAUAUCGCUCCAAUAAAAGUUCUGGAUCAAUAAUUCCUUCUCCAUUUAACAUAAGUCAAAAAGGAGAAAUGUACACAGCUACUUAUUUGGCUGAAAACAACCAGCAUCGGUUUGUAGUUGACAUAGUUGCUAGAGAAGAUGGAUUUCCUGAAAGAGAGGCUUAUACCCAAGUGCAAGUUUGGAUUUUUGAGCCUGAACAAUUAAUCCGAGUGAUCUUAUCAAGACCCAAAGAAGAAGUCAUGAAGGAAAAAGAGGAAAUUAUUACUGAACUAGGCAACGCUACGCAAUACUUGAUUAUAAUCGAUGAAAUUCGGUUUCAUGUAGGCAAUGGCGGAAGAAAAAAUGAAGAUUGGACUGACAUGUAUAUUUUGGCUGUUGAUCAAAGUACUAAUUCCAUAGUACCUGUACCAGAAGUCUUAAAGAUUAUCGAUAAUGGAUAUGAUUUUCUUAAAGAUUACUAUGCAGGGUUUGCUAUUGAGAAUGUUGUGCCAGCUUUUGUACAGGAACGAGAAGAAUCCUUUGAUCCAGCCCUAGCAGCCUUAAUAGCAUUGAUGAUAGUACUUUUUGUAGGAGUGAUUUCUUUCAUAAUAGUUUGUUGUUGCUUACGUCAUUGGGUAAUAUCGCCUACAGAUGAUUUAAAGAAAAAAGACGCACUCAUUAAGAAGGCUAUUAUUGAUGAUUUGACAACAACAGAGAAUCCUUUGUGGAUAGAACAGAAAUUGAAACUUUAUGAAGAACAAGAACUUACAAUGCAAGUUUUUAAUGAGCCUGAAUUAGGCUUGGCCAAUAGAAGGAGUAGUAAUGAUGAUGUCCCUGAGGACAACACGUACGCUACCAUUCAGCAUCCGCAUAGGAGGCAACAAUCGAACGUAACGUCUGGAACGGGAGUAUCAGACGACCUGGGAGAAUACGCUACACUAUCCAGGAUAGCGGCGACCCAUCAACCUGGGAGUAAUAGUAGUUCGAUGAGAGGAGCACCGAAUUAUUAUGAAGCAGCAAUGGGUUUCCAAGGUUCAACAUUCCAAGUGCCAGAUAGACUCAGUGACGGUGACGGUAGUGAGUAUGGUUCCCUUAGGGGGCAACCGAAAGUAGCUCAAACUGAAUACAUCACAGAACUUAUAUGAAUAAACAGUAUUAACUAGUUAAUUUUAAUGAUAACUAUUAUUGAGCUAGAGACUUAUAUAUUUAUUCUAAAAAAUUGUUAGCAGGACUUUUUCUGCCCCAAGCAAUGUUCAAUCUUGCCAAACCUGUUUAGAUACUACAUUAUUUCUCAAUAAGAGAAAACUAUAUGCGGCAGUCUGACACACAUAAUUUUGGAAAACAAUUUUUAGAAUAAAUUUCUCAAUGCGCAAUUUGUUCAUUUAAAUUUCCGUAUACAUAUAUGAAGAAAAAUUGACAAAAUUGCCCAUUACCCAUUAUUUUAAUAUUGGUCUGUAGAAAUUUUUAAACUGACAAUAUUGUGGUGGAUAUACCGCCAAUUUAGAGAAUAAAUUUAAUUAUUAAAGGUAAUCCCCCCUAUCAAAAGUGUCUAGUUGUAGAAAAAAUUACUGUAAAAAAUUUAUCUAUUUUAUACAAACAAUAUAAAUUAGGGGGGUUGCCUUUAAAAACAACGAAACUGGGGUGAUUAUAAUAUAUUAUUUUUCUAAAAAAAAAAACUUUUUUAGACAAAAAAAGUGCAAAAAAAUUACAUUUCUUUAAUUUUUUUUGCAUCAUGUUGGGCCUAAUUAUUAGAAACAAGUGAUUUUUUAGGUUUUAAUUUAUUUUUAAUUGAUUAUUUUUAGGCAUUUUUUUAUUUUUGUAUUAAGCUUCAGUACCAGUUUAAUGAAAUAUAAACCAUUGUAAAUAAAAUAUUACACAAAGGAUUCACUAGUAUGUGGAUCUCAUCACUUUUGUAGUUAUUUUUUUUUGCCAUAUCAGCACUUCAAAUAGUUUUCCCCAAAAUACUUAAUACAUACAUAAUUAAAUGUAAUUCUGUUAUAGAAAAAACAAUAAAGAUAAAUUAUUAUUACUUAA